AUGUGGAUGUUCUGUGAAUAUGAAUCUAAAUCAAAACUAGGGGACAGUACAAAGUGUGUUUCUGGUGAACAUCUGAGUGUUAGUGGACGAGCCCUCAAUGAUUGUCAUGCAGAAGUUAUUGCCAGACGAUGUUUAUGUGAAUAUUUAUACCAACAGUUAGAACUAUUUUUACAAAAUAAAGAACUUGAUUCAAUCAUAGAACCUAUGAAAAAAGGUUACAGAGUGAAGCAAGGGAUUCAGUUUCAUUUAUAUAUAAAUACAGCACCUUGCGGAGAUGCAAGAAUUUUUUCCCCUCAUGAAGACAGUGAUUCUAUUGAUAAACAUCCAAACCGACGAGCUAGAGGUCAGUUAAGAACUAAGAUUGAAUCUGGUGAAGGUACUAUUCCAGUGAAAAGUAGUGAAGGCAUUCAAACUUGGGAUGGAGUUCUAAUGGGUCAAAGACUCCUAACAAUGUCUUGUUCUGAUAAAAUUGCACGAUGGAACGUUUUGGGUAUACAAGGUGCACUACUUAGUCAUUUUUUAGAACCAAUAUAUUUCCACAGUAUUGUUCUUGGAAGUCUUUUGAAUCCUAGUCAUAUGUACAGAGCUGUAUGUGGACGUAUCGAAAAUACGAUUCAAGGAUUACCUCCACCAUAUCGUUUAAAUAAACCAUUAAUGAGUUUGAUCACAUCAUCAGAAGUCAGACAGCCUGGAAAAGCACCCAAUUAUAGUGUUAACUGGACAGUUGGACAAUUGGAAGCAGAAAUAAUUAACUGUACGACCGGUAAAGAUGAACUUGGGAAACCAUCAAGAAUAUCGAAACAUGGAUUUUUCGCAAAGUUCUAUAACCUUCUUGGCAAAUUAAGUACAAUUGAUGAUAUUGACAAGUCUUCUUGUCGCAAUUAUUUAGAUGCUAAAUCUUCUGUACAAAAUUACUCG